UGGGCGAUAAUAGGAAAUGAGGAAACAAAUCCACCAAGAGCAAGAUCAUCACAAUGUCUGCCAUUGAAGAUGACAAAGUCAGGAUAGCAGUACAAGAAAUAUUAGGAGUCCAGUCUCUAGAAGAGGCAUUUGCAAACUAUAUUGAACACAGUGACCAUACGGAAGAGAAUAGGUUGAAAACAUGCAGAGACAUUUUCCAGCGUUUCUUGGAGAGUAUGCAGAAUCAGGAGAAAGGGAUGUUGCUGUACAUUAGACACAUACAUAAGAUCAGGAAUAGUAAACAGACACAGCUUCUCCUGAGCACCCUUGAGAGUAUGGUGGAGAAUAACACAUUGUCACCAAAACUGGUCUGUGAAAUAAUUCUUGCAUGUGAGCAGUUGACAUUAGCAAAUGUUGAAACAUGGUGUCAGAUGUUUGCACUAAUGCACAAUAUAAUAGGAGGUGUGGACUACAAGGGGUGUCGAGAUCUGUUGAAGGUGAUUCUGGAAAAACUCAGUAACAUUCCCCAGUCAGACAACAUCAGCAUAUUUAGAGGAAUAGAGGCUUUGAAAAAGGUUGUGCUUCUGAUAUUGAAUAGAAAUGCUUGUUUACUGCCAGCUUACUUUGCCAUCAAUGAAAUUACAAAGAUACAACAACCAAACAAGCUGUGGCCUCAUUGGAUUCUAGGCAAAGAUCUGGCUGACUUUAUGCAAAGUUUUAGACCUGUUGCCCAGAUGUUGACCACUGCAGGACGUUCAAGUCUCUUACCAAUCGUUGGUCACUCCAGUUCUCAAGCUAACAUGUGGAAACUAAACCCUGCAGAGCUAAAGUUCCCCAGAACUGGGCCAUUACCCUAUGAUAAGGAGCUGUAUGAACCACAGACUAAACUAUUGCAAUAUGUGCUGGAACAGCCUUAUUCAAGGGACAUGGUGUGCAAUAUACUAAGCCUCAAUAGACAGACUAAAUACCGUUGCAUCGUGCUUGAGGAACAAGUAGUUGAACUAGUAGUAGUUGCCAUGGAGAAAACAGAGGAAGAUGGGAACUCAUCAGAGGAGAAAGAAAUCAGUCAGUUACUAUGGCAACACUUAUCAAGUCAGCUCAUUUAUUUUGUUCUGUUUCAAUUCGCUAGCUUCCCACAUAUGGUCAUGUCAUUGUAUGAUAAGUUGAAAGGACGGGAACUAAGAAAAGGACGAGAUCAUCUCAUGUGGGUUUUACUACAGUUCAUAUCUGGCAGCAUACAGAAAAACCCUUUAAAUGACUUCCUACCAGUACUGAAACUCUAUGACCUCCUCUACCCAGAGAAGACAGUUCUAGAUGUUCCUGACAUAAACAAUGCUCAGUGUACACAUAAGAUGGCAGUGACAUCUAUAUGGAUCCACCUAGAUAAAAAGGCGCAGACUGAUUGUGUUAAACUACAUCGUCCUAUGCCUAACCUACUUAAAGGUCACCUUGAGUUUUUGGAAACAAAUAUAAAACAGAGAGUUCUUCCUAUGACAGACUUCAGAAUAGCACUAUUGUGCAAUGCCUAUAGCACAAACUCUGAUUAUUUCUCUCACCCUAUGGGAAUCCUCAUUGAGACCAUAUAUGGGACUCAACAAAACACAACAAUGUUGCCAGGCAACAUCCAGUCAUCCUCCCCCACGCAACCCCUACCCAUGAGGAUGUUGGAUUCUCUCACAGUCCAUGCUAAGAUGAGUCUUAUACAUGGCAUUGUAAGCAAGGUUAUCCGGCUGGCGCAGAAUAAAUCCCCAGUUGCCUUAGCUCCAGCCCUGGUUGAGACAUACAGUCGACUAUUGGUUUAUAUGGAGAUUGAAUCUCUCGGAAUCAAAGGAUUCAUAAGUCAGCUGCUUCCAAAUGUGUUCAAGAGUCACGCCUGGGGGAUUCUUCACACCCUGCUGGAGAUGUUCAGCUAUCGUCUUCACCAUAUACAGCCCCAUUACAGAGUACAGCUUCUCAGUCACCUUCACUCAUUGGCAUCUGUACCUCAAACCAAUCAGAAUCAACUUCAUCUUUGUGUUGAAAGUACAGCUCUGAGACUGAUCACUGGCCUUGGUAGUUCUGAAGUACAACCACAGCUUUCAAGAUUGUUUAAUGAGUCUAAGAAUCUUGCCUUACUAUCAGGGGAAUCUGAGGAACUGAACAGAGCACUGGUGUUAACUCUUGCCAGAGCAUUGCAAGUAACAGGUUCAGAGACAAUGUCUGCAUCAUGGUGUAAGGAGAUAAUGACCACCCUAAUGAAGCACACACCUCAUGGCUGGUCCAGUCACACCCUCUCAUGCUUUCCACCAGCUCUACAGGAUUUCUUCAACCAGAAUGCUGUUCCCAAGGAGGACAAGCAGCAACUCAAACAGAAUGUUGAGCUUGAGUACAGGAAAUGGAAAAGCAUGACAUCAGAGGCUGAUCUGAUAGCCCAUUUCUCCAUGGCAGGGAGUCCUCCACUAUUCCUAUGUAUCCUUUGGAAGGCUGUGUUGGAAGAUGGCAGGUUCAACCCAGUGGCAUACAAGGUUUUAGAUAGAUUGGGACCGAGAACAGUGUCUGCUCACCUCCGCACAUUUGCUGAUUUCCUUGUAUUUGAAUUCACUACAACAGCUAGAGGCCAGCAAGUUAACAAGUGUGUUGAGGCCCUCAAUGAUAUGAUAUGGAAGUGCAGUAUACUGAGUGUUGACAGAAUAGUCCUUACAUUGGCACUGCGAAGUUUGGAAGGGAAUGAGGCCCAGAUCUGUCUGUUUAUUAUCCAGUUACUUCUACUGAAGCCAGCAGAGUUCAGGGAGCGUGUUGUGGAAUUUGUUGGCAAUAAUUCCCCGGAACAUUGGCUGGAAAGUAAUUGGCAUGAGAGACACAUGGAGUUCCACUUGAAAUUCCCAGAGAAGUUCUAUUACAAUGAGGGGAUGCCAGACCAAAGCCAGCAUCAAUAUCUCCCCAUAUACUUUGGCAAUGUUUGCCUGAGGUUCAUUCCAGUGUUUGACAUCAUAGUUCACCGAUUCCUUGAGCUCCCACCAGUUUCUAAGUCACUAGAGACAAUACUUGACCACCUAGGUGGGCUCUACAAAUUCCAUGACCGGCCAAUCACGUACUUGUACAACACACUACAUUACUAUGAGAAACGACUCAAAGAAAGGCCAGGACUUAAAAGAAAGCUGGUGCAAACAAUAAUUGGUGCAAUGGAGGAGAUAAGACCCACAAACUGGUGCCUAAGUCAAGACUACCUACAGUAUAUGCAAAGACCGCCUGAUGACAUCAACUGGAUACCAGAGGAAGAAUAUUAUAUGAAGCUUGUCGCAAGACUAGUCAACACUGUAGCAGGAAAUGUUCCUUCUCCAUUUCCCGGAUGUGACUGGAGGUUUAAUGAGUUCCCUAACCCUGCGGCCCAUGCCCUACAUGCAACCUGUGUAGAGUUGAUGGCUCUCCCAGUUGCUAGCGUCACUGUAGGGAAUGCUCUUCUUGAUUUGGUACUAAAAGGGUGCUGCCAGGUGGAUGCUGACAAGGUGAUGUCUUGGAUGAAUGCUAUUGGACUUAUCCUCACUGCUCUCCCAGAGAGUUAUUGGUGCACGAUGAACGAGAAGAUCCUGGAAGUGAUGCAAAGUGCCACAUUCGCUAAUCCCAGUGGGGACUGCAACCCGUUCCAGAUGCUUAACUUCUCCAGUAGUCAUGCUGUUUACAGUAGGACAUUACCAAGUGAUGUGUUGGCCUUGUGUCAUGCUGUCUGGAUACAUGCAAGCACUGGCCAGUUGAAUCAUCUCCCUGGGUUUGUGGAGGAGAAGUUGAAACCAGUGAUCAAAACAGAGGAACAGUUCAUCUAUCUUUGCCACCUAGUGGGGCCAUUCCUACAGCGCUUACACACUGAGAGAACCAGAUGUCUGCUAGAGCUGACAAAGACACUGUAUGAAGUACUACUUAAUGUUGACAAGUCUGCGCAACACCUGCACUACAUAGACCCUAUAUGUGACUUCCUAUAUCACAUCAAGUAUAUGUUUAUCGGGGAUGGAAUCAAAAAUGAAAUUGAAAAGUUGAUAAAAAACUACAGACCGCCUCUCCAGUUACGUCUCAGAUUUAUAUGUUUCGCCAAGGAGGAUGCCACACCCACUCAACCAGAACCAAAACCCAUUGCAACCAAGAGGAAAUCUCAAACUGUGGAAUGAAUUUCAUUUAUUCACCAUUACAUACAUUUAUUGUGGGAUGAAAAAUAUAGAAUUACUAACUGUGGAGUGAAUAAGAUGCUAACUGGACAAAAUGUGAACUGUCGACCUUAAACUGUGGAGUGAAGUCAGUCAAAACUGACAUUACGGUUCCUGCUUUGCUUAACAACAAAGGGAUCUCAAUUGUAUUUUCAGCCUUGAUAUAUUUCAAGGCAUUAAAAAGUGAUGAGAGUUUUGGAAAACUUGGUCGCAUCCUUGCAUGUGCUGUCACAUAUGAACAUGAAAAAGAUCUCUGUGACGAUUACGUACAUAUGAAUUUAUAUUUUGAAUGCCAAAUGAACAUUAACAUGUAAUGUAGAUAGAAUAGGAUGUAUACAUUGAGGAAUAUACAGGAAUAAGUCAAAUAUAAAAUAGUCAGUCUAAC